UCUUCAUCCAUAUCCAUAUUCACUAUAGUAGUAUUCUCUUCUCUUUUUAUCAUCUUUAUUUUUUAUCUUUAAUUUUCCUUCAAUGGAUCAACUUUAUCCUAUAGCUACUAAUGCUUCUCUAGUUUUUUCACUCAUCACUUUGAUCAUCGCCUUAAUAUUAAUAAUUUUUUUUAGUACAACUUUUUCAUCUCUCACAUGUUUUCACAAAUUUAUGAGUAGUAGUGUCUUUUGUAAUUGUGAAAUUUGCCAAGCUUAUCUCACUUCAAGUUGGUCAAAAGAUUUCAACAAUCUUUGUGAUUGGUAUACUCAUCUCCUAAAAAAAUCACCAACAAAAACCAUUCAUAUACACGUCCUACAAAACAUAAUCACCGCAAAUCAUGAAAACGUUGAGUACAUACUCAAAACAAAAUUCGAAAACUACCCAAAAGGAAAACCCUUUUCAACAAUCCUAGGUGAUUUUCUUGGUCGUGGUAUUUUCAACGUGGAUGGCGAUUUAUGGAAAUUUCAAAAGAAGAUGGUAAGUUUAGAGCUCAAUAAACACUCCAUAAGAUCUUUUGCCUUUGAAGUUGUAAACAAUGAAAUCCAACUUCGUCUCAUCCCUCUACUUCAAAUCCAAAGCGAAGUCGCUUUGGAUUUACAAGACGUUUUCAAAAGAUUUUCUUUUGAUAGUAUUUGUAGAUUUUCUUUUGGUUUAGACCCUAAGUGUUUAGAAAAAUCCUUACCCAUGUCAGAUUUCGCUAUUUCAUUCGAUUUAGCAUCAAAAUUAUCCGCGGAAAGAGCUAUGGUUGUGUCACCAAUAAUUUGGAAGAUCAAAAGAUUUUUCAACAUGGGUAGUGAAAAAGAGCUCAAAAAAAGUAUAACCAUGAUUAAUAUGUUAGCCAAAGUUGUUAUAAAGCAAAAAAGAAAAAUGGGAUUACAAGAUCACAAAGAUUUGUUAUCAAGAUUCAUGAGUACUACAAUUCAUGAUGACAUGUUUCUUAGAGACAUAGUCAUAAGUUUCUUAUUGGCCGGUCGCGACACCGUCGCAUCAUCACUCACAAGUUUCUUUUGGCUGUUAGCGAAAAAUCCGGAAGUUGAGUCAGAAAUUUUGUUAGAGGCAGAAAGAGUAAUUGGACCAUAUGAUAAAAAUAAUAAUAAUAACUUAGGUGUGACAAAUUUUGAACAACUUAGUAAAUUGCAUUAUUUACAUGCAGCAGCACAUGAAAGUAUGAGACUUUAUCCACCAAUCCAAUUUGAUUCAAAGUUUUGUUUGGUGGAUGAUGUUUUAAUGGAUGGUACAAAAGUGAAGAAUGGUACUAGGGUUACAUAUCAUCCAUAUGCAAUGGGUAGGUUAGAGGAAUUGUGGGGUCAAGAUUGUUUAGAGUUUAAGCCACAAAGGUGGUUGAAAGAUGGUAUUUUUCAACCUCAAAAUCAAUUCAAGUACCCUAUUUUUCAAGCUGGAUUAAGGGUUUGUAUUGGUAAAGAAAUGGCUUUAAUGGAACUUAAAAGUGUGGCAAUUUGUUUACUUAGAAAGUUUCAUAUUGAAUUGGCAGAUACUCCAAUGUUUCAUGGUAAUCAUCCGAGAUUCUCUCCUGGACUCACUGCCACUUUUGCUUUUGGUCUUCCUGUGUUUGUUCAUGAAAGAGGAACCAAUUAAUAAAGUGCAAUAGUACUAUGUAUUGUGUGUAUAUAUGAAGCUUGUCCUUAUGCAAACAACCAAAAUUUGUAGUAGUAUGUAAGAUGUUAGAUAUGGGAACUUCAUAUGUGUGUAUGGUCCAUAUUGUUUGAAGAUUAAUUAUGUGAGAUAAUAUUGCAAUUUA